CCACAUCUCAAAUGCUUCGAUUCUCUUCUGUUCCGGUUUUCCCACAGUCCAUGUUUCACUACCAUACAAUGCUGUACUCCAGACGUACAUCCUCAGAAAUUUCUUCCUCAAAUUAAGGCCAGCAUUUGAUAUUAGUAGACUUCUCUUGGCCAGAAAUGCCUUUUUUGCCAUAGCGAGUCUGCUUUUGAUGUCCUCCUUGCUCCGUCCGUCAUUGGUUAUUUUACUGCCUAGGUAGCACAAUUCUUUAAUUUCAUUGACUUCGUGACCAUCAAUCCUGAUGUUAAGUUUCUCUCUGUUCUCAUUUCUACUACUUCUCAUUACCUUCGUCUUUCUCCGAUUUACUCUCCAACCAUACUGUGUACUCAUUAGACUGUUCAUUCUGUUCAGCAGGUCAUUUAAUUCUUCUUCACUUUCACUCAGGAUAGCAAUACAUGUAACCUCUUAAAAGUUCUGAACCGGAUAUGGUGCAUAUUAAUGACAAUGAAUUGGCCAUUUGUUAAUGCCCGUGGAAAUUCAAUAAAAGCUUUCUUAAACUCUGUGUUCAGGGGAAGGCCUUGUGACUGAAAGCUUACAUGUAUAGUAGGCUUUUCAUUGUGCCUGUUUGAAACUCAACAUUUCAUCUUUUUAAAACUACAUUUCAUAUCCUAUUCAUCAACUGUUCAUACCAACUGCAAACAAAACAGGAGACUAUGCAACAGGGAAUGUGCCUUUUGGAUACAGGACUAUAUUCUUGGAUACGCAUAAUAUCUGCUGGUGAGGGAAAAUGUCUGGCAGAAUUCACUGUUGCACAAGAACAUCAGAAUGCAGGUGGUACACUGCACGGUGGAUUCACAGCAACAUUGGUUGACCAGAUUUCGACAUAUGCUUUGAUGACAUAUGGAAAAGGGGUGCCAGGUGUUUCCGUAAACAUCAAUGUGAGUUAUAUGAAACCAGCAUCAGCGGGUGAAGAAGUCAUUAUAGAUGCACAAACACUACGUGCUGGAAAGACGUUAGCAUUCCUGGAGGUUGAUCUAAAAAAGAAAGCAACAGGAGAGUUAAUUGCAAAAGGUUCACAUACCAAAUUCAUUGGUUUUUAAUUGUGUUCUUUGCAGUCUAUACACAGGAAAAAGUGUAGGAUGGGGUAUUAGCUUUAAUUAGCUUUUAUUGUUUGUUUUUUGGCAUAUAAUUGUCAUGAAACAUUACUGCCAGAGUUAUGUAUGUGUCUGAAAUGUACUGUGAUAUUAUUAUUUCACUUUCUUGUUCCUACAAGCAGCAUUCAGUAAACAAAGGAAAUUAACAUACAUUGCUAAACAAAACUGGUAUGUGGCUAUUUUAUGUAGGAACUUACAAAGAGAGAUCUUUUUAUGUGAUAUAUGUGUACAUAAGUGAAUCGUGUAAGUGAAAUUUGAGCAGCAUAACUUGAUUUUUAAUAUUCAGUUACUGAUGCUCUUAGGUACUGCUUCCACUAAUUUUUUAUGGAAGUUUUUUUUAAUGGAAUUGAUAGGAGUGUCAUCUGUUCAUAGUUGCUUUGAAUUACUGUUGUGAUUUUCAUACCAUGAAAUACAUAUGUCAAAUAUUCAA